GAUCUCACAGGCAGAGGAUUCCCAAACCAACCGCAAACAUGAUCCAAGGUUCGCGUUCAGCAAACAACAGGAAAGAUAUUCUCCUCAACAUUUUCCUCUUCCUCCUAGCUACAAAAUUCGAUAAAAGCUUUCCGUUAGCACUGAGCGACUGCGGAUCAGAGUACAGACGUCCAGAGUACACAGACAUCUCUGUAGACUGUGGAACGGAGUACAUCAAUCUGGCCAUCAAAUUCUGUCCUGUCAUAUACACCGGCUACAACGAAUCAGAGUUAAUUCUCAACCACAUCUUGAAUAACCCAGACUGCCAUGCGACCCUUGAUACUACCGUUUUACCUCCCGUGGCCCGAUUUAGGUUUCCAAUUAACUCAACCAAUGCCUGCGGCAGCAACUUUGUUACAAUAAGGAGUAUAGGGACAGGAGUAUUCUCAGACUUCUCCAACAUCGAGACGGUCAACAUCAGUGGAAUUAUACGAUCGAAAGACAUCACAACAGGCACUGUGACGUAUAACGCUGAGCUGAAGUACUACUACUCAUGCGCCUAUCCUCUGGAGUACCUGAUCAACAACACUCAAGUGGAUGUGUCGGCCUCCUCGAUUGCAGUAAAAGACAACAAUGGCAGUUUCAUCAGCACUCUGAAUCUCAGACUCUUCAGUGACAUAAACUACACCCAGCCUCUUGUCAUGCCUCCUCUCGGUAUUGAGCUGAGGACUAAUGUGUUUGUGCAAGUGGAAGCCACCAACUUGACCUCCCAGUACUUUGUGCUGCUGGACAGAUGCUAUGCCUCCAUUUCCACUGUCCCCACCACCAGGAGCUACUUCAACCUCUUUGUGCCUUGCGGCAGUGAUCGGCUCACUAAAAUGCUGGUGAAUGGGGAGAUGCAAAUUGCUCGGUUCUCGUUUUCGGCCUUCCGCUUCACAGAGCAGCAGAACCAGACAGUAUCAACAUACUAUCUGCACUGCAUUACAAGACUCUGUGAAAUAUCAACCUGCAGUACAUUUAGGCAAUGUGGCCAACGAAAAAGGAGAGACGUUGUGCCUUUGACCACCACUCCUUCUCCAAAUGGAGUCACAGACAGCAGAACCAUCACAUCACCAGCCAUCGUCAUACGUGCAGAAAAUGUGGUGGCAACAAAAGAGGAAGGAGUCACAAUCGGCACGAAAACACCUUCAGACUCCUCUGUGGGUCUCGGCGUGGCUGUGGGCAUCCUGGCAUUUGCCUGCAUCAUGAUCGUAGGAAUGGGAGCAGUUUUCUACAAGAGACACUGGCACAACGCACCUUCAAAAAUGCCCCAGUGAGCUGAGACACCCUGCUCCAAGAGAGGACUGCCGGUCCCGCCGGGACGAUCUCUCACCGCUGGAGGGCUGAGCAGGGCUCAGCGUAGAACUGUUUCGGACAUCUUGAUAUUUUCUAUAGUGUUUCUUGGUGAAUAAUCAUAGCACAAUGUGGUUUAGAAGAGCAACAGUGCACUACAUCAGCUCUACACCUUAAAUGGGAAUACAUGUUAAAAGCACAACCAAAUCAGAGCUUUAAUCCUUAGUUUAUAUAUAAGGCAAUAUGAAUUCUCUGUGAUUUUGUGUUUUCGAAUUGAAGUGCAUUAAAAAUACUGACCCAACAAAUGAAUCCAAUCCCAAUGAGCUCACACUGUGGUACCUGUAAAACACAAAAAGGAAAUCAAUCCGAAUGUGUGCGGAGGGUUUGGAGCUCUUCAAGACAGUCCCUAAUACCUUCUAAAAUGUUAUAUGUUAUUUAUUAAAGACUACUCUUUCUACUUAACCCUCAUGCAAUUUUGACACCCCCAUAUCUAAAGACUACUCAUGCACAGCCCAAAACAUCCCUGCAUUUACAAUGAAACUUAUGCCUUUUAAAUCAACACUUUUAAAGCAAUAGCAGAGUUAGAUUAGAUAUUCCUUCUGCAUGUUCAACUUAAUAAAUAAAGAAAUGGAAAUGAAAGCAAUUUCGAAUGAGUGUGAGCCGAAGGAGAGUGCAGCAAAGCGUUGAUUUUUAGAUCUGAAGUUAUGUUCUUGGCUCUGCACUUUGUAUCUUUAGAAUUCCUAUGGCAAGCUGAGCUCUUAAAAGUAGAUGUAUAUUUGUAAUUCAUCCAUUAAUGCAUGCUUCAUAUGAAUAAAGGCUGCUGGUACAAGAACAAA